GGGUUCGAAAACUGUCGUUUCUUCGAUUUCAUUAUUUUGACGAGCGCCUAAUUUCACCAUGAUGUCACACAAUUUUCAUCUUGUAUGCCAUGUCCCCAGAAAAGCGCAGCUGUUCUUCUUGUCUUCGCCCUGUUCGCGGGGGCUAUGGCAGGCGACCUCCUGUUUGGCGGCGGAUUCUACGGGCCUGGGACUCGUCUUGGUCUCGGGAUCUUCGGCAAGGGUGUUGGAUACGGCUAUGGCAAGGGCUACGGCUACGGCGGAUACGGUUAUGCUCCUUUCUACGGCCGUGGAUACGGAAAGGGCUACCCUCUAUACGGAAAGGGCUACCCUCUAUACGGAAAGGGCUAUGGGGGAUACGCCCCUGGAUACUACGGAAAAGGCGGCUUUUUGGGGUAUCCCGUAUAUUAGGGCGAAUGGCACGUGCACUGAGUGUCUGUGCGGUGCACAGUUUCCAGGCUUUCUUCCGAAUAAACGAGGUGCAUACAUA